CUAAAACCCAAGCGGCAUCAGUUCUCAACAAAGUGUUUCAGUUAUCCCUUCCACAGCAGAUCAAUAAAUUCAAUAAUGAAGUAUUAUCUGGCUGUUGUGUGUGCGCUGGGCUUCUUUUACGGUGCAGUCUUUGCAAACCUGGAGGGUGUCAACGUUGGAGCACAAGGAUUGAUUACAAUGUCUUCAGGCUUUAGAAGUCUUUCACCGGUCAUGACUGCAUUUUACAAAAGCCUCAACAAAGCUCUCAACCAGAUUAAUUCGGCAUUCGGACGAGUUCAGACCCUCGUCAACUCCACGUAUCAAACGCUGAACGACACCUACGGUGCAACGCAACCCAGUUUGGCUAGCGUUAUGUCCAGCAUGGACUGGUUCGGGCAGCAAUUCCACUACGCUGAGCAACAGUUUGAAUCGGGUGCUGGUUAUGACGUGUAUGUGCUGGACAGUGAGCUACAGCAAACCAUGGACAAGCUUCUGCAGUACUAUGGCUUGUUGGUUACCCAAAGAGAUCAAGGAUCCUGUACCUUAGAAAUUUCCAAUGACGCCAUCAAUCUUCCCAAUCAGUUAACCAAAUUUGGAAGUUCAUGUCUGCAGACCUAUGUGAACAUUAUGCCAACGCUUGUCAAUAUCGUGCUAGAAAUCUCAGAUAUCAUGAGGAGUGACUUCAAUUCUUUGACCAAACAACUGAAAAUCUGCGCGUCCACCUCUACCAACUGCAUCAAUGAGUAUUUCUCGGGUAUUUACAACGAGCUAAAUUACAUCAACUCGGAAUUUUACAUAAUCAACAAUCUGCUGAGCGUCUACCAAAAUGAUCUCACGCAGCGGGACUAUCUGUGCGGAGGAUUAGUAAAAUACAAUGUGCAGUAUAUCCUGGAUGAUUUGAUGAACCGUUUCCUCCAAUGCCAAAAUGCAGCGGUAGUAUAUUGAAUGAGUGUUUUUUAAUCCUAUAAAUUGAACAUGUGAA